AUGGAGGACCCGACCAAGCGACGAGGAGGCUAUGAAGCCCUGGAACCGCCGCAGGCCGAGGGCGGCGGCAAGCGCCAUCUCUUCAAUGCCCUCAUCCUCAGCGUCUCAUUCUUCCUCAUUUUCUUUGCCUUCUCGACCACCCAGAACCUGGAGUCGAGCUUGGUCCCCGGCAAAAUGGGGUUCUGGUCGCUUGCGGCGCUCUACGCCUCGUUUUGCAUUUCGUCCCUGUUCAUCGCCUCGCCCAUCGCCAAUCUGCUUCCGCCUCGUUUCGCUCUCUUGGUGGGCGGCGCGGCCUACAUCCCUCUCACCGCCGCCAACCUCUACCCUGCCUGGGGCACGUUGAUUCCUGCUGCGGUCGUGCUCGGUUGCGGCGCUGGCGUCCUCUGGACUGCUCAGGGAUCCUACCUGACCGCGGCUGCGUCGAACUAUGCUCGCUCGCAAAACAAGGAAUCCAAGUCGGCCAUGGGCCUCUUCACGGGCAUCUUCUUCUGCAUCUUCCAGUUGACCCAAGUGGUGGGCAACCUGGUGGCCGGUUGCAUCUUCAUGUACGGCGGCAGUAACCAGGACCAAGCUCGGGAUAUUCUGUUCUACAUCUUCCUGGGCGUGGCGGUCGUCGGCGUGCUGCUGUUCCUCACGCUGGGCAAGGAGGUGACGGAGAAGGAGCGGAAGGGGACCGACGCCAGCGAUCGCCUCCUCGUCGAGAGGCAGGGCGUGAACUCGGAGCUGGUUGGCACCCGCCCGGGCAUUGCCUCGAGAGUGUUCGGCAAUGCCGGCGACGUGCUGCGGCUGCUGAUGGAUCCCCGUAUGCUCCUCAUGGUGCCGGUGUGCAUUUACUCGGGCAUGGAGCAAAGCUUCGUGCCGGGCGACUUCAACAGCGACAUCGUCAAGCAGGCCAAGGGCCUCGAGUGGAUCGGUUUCGUGAUGGCGGUCUACGGUGCCUUUGACGCGGCGGCCAGCGUGCUGCUGGGCCGCAUGGCGGACGUGGUGGGCAAGCGGCUGUACCUGAUCGUGGGGUUCAUCGCGCACGGCUCCUUCAUCGCGUUCUACCUGACCUUCCUCAACAUCUCCGACAUCAAGACCCUGCACGACGACUUCUGGAUCCUGUUCCUCAGCGCGGCCGUGCUGGGCGUCGCCGACGCCUGCUGGAACACCUUCCCGCCCCUCAUGAUGUCCGUCUUCUUCUCCGACAACACCGAGCCGGCGUUUGGCAACCUCAAGUUCUGGCAGAGCAUCGGCGCGAUCUGUCCGUUCGUGUGGGGACCCCUCAUUUCGUUCCAGGUCAAGCUCAUCAUCGUGGGCAGCACCCUCUGCCUCGCCACCAUCUCCGUCCUCAUCCUCGACCUCAAGGUGGCCUCUAUUUCGGACACCAGCGAAACCGGCAGCGCCGGCAAGAAGUUGGAAGAGGAGGACGAGGGCCACUACGACUGA